AUGAAAUUGAACACAGUCUUAUUCUUCCUAACGGCAACAGCCUGGGCUGAACCACAGAAGCGAGAUGCAACCACCGUCCCAGCAACAACAGAGGAUGGCUUCAACCUUGCAUCCUUAUCCAGUGCCUUAGCCAACCUCGCAAGCGCAACAACAACAGGGAAUUUCGCAAACAUCUCUCCACCACCCAAAGCGCUCAUCCCCGAGAUCCUUUCGGUCGUUCCCCUAACAGUAGUCGGAGAAUUAAUCGACGCGCAAUCCCGCAGUUCCCUCGCUAGUCAAUUCAAGGCUGGAACUACACCAGCUUGGUACUCCAGUCUCCCUGUUGACGUGAAGAGCUACAUGUCUGUUGUCCGAUUACAGAUUAAGGAUGGCGCUUUGACUGCUACUACUGGGCUGGGAUACCAGACUACGGCUACCACUGGAGCUGGUGCUACGGCAGCGACGGCAACAUCGACCGGCUCGGCGACUACGUCAACUUCUACAUCUAGUGGUGUGGCAGCGCGGCCGACGGUAUUUACCGUGAUGAUCGGGUUGAGUGUUAUUGGGUUGGUCAUAGCGUUGUGA